GUGCGGGGCGUGGCCUAAAGCUACAUGGGAGCAGAUGCACAUUUGCGAGCUCUUCUCCAAGGGCCUUAUUAAUCCUGUAAAAAUGCUAAACCUUUUAAGCAAUCACGGCCUUAGAGGACCAACUUUGGCACCCACUUCCCCAGAGGCUACUUAUGAGGCAGAAUCGGGCUCAAAAGAGGGCUACCCUGGCUGCUGGCAGGCUGGAGAGAUAUGCCCGCUAAGAACAGCAAGAUGGCGCCGAUACCCCUGCAAGUGCUCCCUUAUCGCCAGUUCCUCCAGAUCUGGCUCCGGAACCCACGUUAAACAAGAUUCUGAAUGAGAUCAGGGCCUCCAAGGAAACCUGCAUCACUCUUAUUAGCUCAAAAACAGACGAGAUCAAAUUGGACCUCUCCAUUAUUAAGCAGGACUUCCAAAAACUAAGGGAAAGUACCUCCGCGGUUGAGCAGCGGGUGAGCGACUUGGAGGACGCCUGUGGCCCCAUACCAGAAAGGCUUCGGGAGCUGCAGCACCAGGCGGAGGUAACCGCGGCGAAGACGGACGAUCUCGAGAACCGUCUUCGGUGGAAUAAUAUACGUCUGGUGGGGUUCUCGGAGAAAGUGGAAGGGGACAAGCCGGAGUUCUUUGUUGAGGCAUGGCUGUCAGAAAUCUUUGGGCGCACUAACUUCUCCCAAGCGUUCACAGUGGAACGGGCACACAGGAUCCCUGCCCAGACCGCUUAUUGCCCGACUCCUCAAUGCACGGGAUCGUGAUGCGGUCCUUACGAUGGCUCGGACCAAGUGAGCACUACAAUAUCAAGCGGCAUCAUUGUCCAUCUAUGCAGAUUAGUCGGCGGAGAUCCAGAGGCAGAGGGCCAAGUUCUGCGGGGUCAAGAAACGGCUUAGAGCGGCGAAUCCACUCUACACGAUGUUAUACCCAGCACGUCUCCGGAUUACAAUUAAUGGCACCGCUCAAUUUUUUACCUCCCCGCAAGAAGCUAGCAGCAGAAUGUUCCUGCAUUGGGACAGUAAAGGCAGAGCAGGGAAACAUCAGGAGCAGAAAUUGGAGUCAUGGCCAAGAAAUACCUAGAGCAAGGUCUUCCUGUCCCAGAUAGCUUAAUUACCCGUGUCAUGCUUUCUGAGCUGGAAACAAUGAAAAACCAGCCAUGGCUGUUAGAUGGUUUUCCACGCACUUUGGCCCAGGCAGAAGCUCUUGAUAAAAUAUGUGAUCUUGAUCUUGUAAUCAGUUUAAAUAUUCCAUUUGAGACACUUAAAGAUCGGCUGAAUACUCGCUGGAUUCAUCAACCCAGUGGAAGAGUCUACAAUUUAGAAUUCAACCCUCCCAAUGUUCAUGGAAUUGAUGAUAUAUCUGGGGAACCGCUGAUCCAACAAGAGCACGAUAAGCCGGAUGCUGUUAUUUCAAGAUUACGCCAGUACAAAGAUGUUGCUAAGCCUGUCAUUGAAUUAUACAAGAAUAAAGGGAUAUUCCAUACCUUUUCAGGCACUGAAACAAACAGAAUUUGGCCAUAUAUUUACACACUGCUGAGUACAAAAAUCACACCAGUGCACCCAGAAGAUACCAGCCAGGCAUUUUGUGCUGAGGAGCAUUAGAGUGCUGUGCUCUCUCCAUAUUCUCUCUCCAUAUUAAAAUGUACAUGCUGUUAAGUUUAGCUGCUUUAUGCAUUCAUGUCUUGAAAAGUCUAAGGGUUUUUAAAUCAGUAUAUUGUUGUAGAAAUCUCUUUUGUAAACUGAGGAACUCUCUUAGUCUGAUAUGGUUGAAGUUUUUUUUAAUAUAUAUUUGACUUUAUUUUUAAACAAAAUAUAUGCUUACACUUACAAUUGUGAUCUUUAUUAAAUGUGAAUUUAUGAAAAAUGUAUUUUUGUGAAAAUGUAAAAAUCUAAAAAGAAAGUAAAAAAAAGGCCAAAGAAUGUAGUAUUUCUAAUGUGAUUUGUUAAGUAUAUAUUUUAUCUUGGUACCGCAUGUAUACACUGUCUAUUUCUGUGCUAUAAAGAUGCAUAGUGGAGAAACCCAAA